UCGGUGAUGGCACAGUGAUCUGUUAGAAAUUAUCAUAUAAUAAGAGACCUUGAGGUAGGUAAAUAAACGAGACAAUAACUGUCAGAAGAAAAAAUGAUUUACUACCGCACUACAGAGAACAUCCAAAUUAUGAUUGUGGAAAUGACAAACAAAUGCGAGGAUGAAUAAAAGAAGCUGCACCGUAUCUUUAUUUUAUUACAAUAUAUUCAAGCAAGAAGUGUCAAGAAAAGAUGCUAUCAUAGUGGAGAACUGAAUAUUGUUUAAUUUUUCCAAAGACUAAACUAAAGCCAAAAUACUGAUGUGACGAAUAGAUUUCGAAGUGUACUUUGCAGUUUUUACCUUUCCUUAAAAAAACCCGAACACAGUCUCGUGUAUAUAGCUUGAGUAUAAAAGGCUAAAUAAAUAAGACUCUAUUUAAACCACCUCCGUUGUAUUUAAACUGCGGUUUUGCGUUUGGAAUUGGCUGUUUUCUCUGAGGCGUUGUGUAGUUAAAUUUAAUGACGUUCUCAAAUUCAUCGCCAAUGACAAUAAAACCGCUUAUUUCCAAAUUAUUAGGAUGUUUUUUUUUUCCUUUUCUUGGAAGUUAGGGUGCUUCUGUUAUCAUUAAUUCGGGUUUGGAGGCGUUGGCAAUCCUUACAUGUUUACCAAAAAAAGAGCUGCGGUGUUCGUCUAUUCGUGGAGAUGCGCUGUUUUCAUGCAUAUGAUAAACACUGUUUCCAAAACACAUUAGCUGUUGUCUUUCUAAUUCUCCCGGUUGUCCACUCAGCCUUCGUUAUUAAGUGAGGAUUCUAGGCCAUUCAAUCCGGGGACAGAUGGUCGAGGGCAUUUAUUUUCACGUCAAAGAUAAUGACAAUUUAAAUACGAGGAGCUGCCAUUCACUCAGAAAACUCGCGCGCGGGCAAACCGCUUAUUAACUCGACACAAGAAGAAGGAAAACAUUCUUCUGACGGGUCGCAACAAGUACAUGAUGAAUUCUUCAAGCGUUCUUGCUCGAAGCGUCAACGUUUCGAACGUUAUCGCGCUAAAUGCGUCUUUAAGCACUUCGAAGGGUUUAACUUUAAACUUAACGGCGCAAUCUACGACAAACAAAAGCAUUUCCGCAGAAGGAUUCGACCGACUUGCUAUCGUCCAAAUGAUGUGUUUCCCUAUCAUCACUGCUGCAGGAUUGAUAGGCAAUACUCUGAUUUGCUUGGCUGUUUUCAAAAGACGCCGUCUCCGUAUAACCGACGUCUUCAUCCUCAACUUAGCUGCAACUGACUUGGCGACCUGUGUGAUUAGUAUUCCAUUUGACUUUGUGGAGAUUUUAAUGAAACAGUGGCCUUUUGGCAACGUGCUUUGUAAAACUGUCUACCCGCUGCAGACCAUCCUGAUGGCGGUCUCGGUGUACACCCUGCUUUUCAUGAGCUGGGAGAGGCACCGCUCCGUUAUGCCACCGUUAAAGCCAAAACUGAAAGCAAAGCGGGCGGUUGCAGUCGUGUUUUUCUUGUGGAUCGCGAGUAUUAGCUUAGUCGGUCCGUAUAUCGCAAUUCUCCGGGUUGAAAAGGCCGAUGGAAGGACGGAAUGCAGUGAGAGCUGGCCACAGGCAUAUCACCCUAAAGUGUUCACCUUGGCUGUUUUCAUAGCGUUAUACGUGCUGCCGCUAUUUGUCAUCACCGCCAACUACAUCAGAAUCAGUCAGAAGCUUUGGAGGGACAUACAGAGGAUGCAGAAGGCGAUUGGCGAGAAAAAUGGCAACAGUAAAAAGCCACUAACACAAGCAAGAGCGCAGCGAAACAUGCGAAUUGUUAGGAUAUUUAUCCUUGUGGUGAUUGCCUUUUCGUUGUGCAUGCUACCAAACCAUAUCAUGUGGAUAUGGUAUGAUUUUGGCGCGGGAAGGGAGUACGAGAACUUUAAUACCAUCAUCGUCUUCUGUUUUAUCCUGGUGUACUCCAACUCUGCCAUCAAUCCCUUCAUAUUUGUGUUCCUUCACAGGCGUUACUGCAAAGGCAUGUUCAAUUCUUGUAGCGCGCUUAAGGCGUUUGCAUCUUCGUGUUUAAAAUCGGAGGUGAUUCGCGACAAUAACUGCAACAGAAAGGGUCACGGCACUACGCGGAGAAAAAAGAAAAUACAGAAGAAAAACCGCAAGCCGUACACGAUGCAAGUCGAAUCGCCUCACAAACUUUACACGGCGAGAAAGGAGUUCUGGAAUAAUUAUUGGCGCCACGAACUCAUUCCAAAAUACGAAGCGAGGCGUGAUUGCGUGGCGUACAGAAACGUGCGAAACAGUUUUCGGCAAUUUAAGGAUGCGGAAGAUGUUAACGAGGGCGAUGACGGUUAUGUCGCGCCUCUAGCAACACGAAAAGUCAAGGUAAACUUCGGUGAAGUUGUUCAUAUUGAUGAGCAAAGGCUUCUGCGGCAACCAGCGGGCGAAACGAUAAUAUAGAUGACGUUUCAAAAUGGAUGGAAAAAUCAAUGAUUUUAACUGAUCGUUCGCUCUUUAAAGCAAAUAAGACGAAAAAAGAUAAGAGAGAAUGAAAAAAAAAACAGAAAAAAAAAAGAGCGUAUUGUGUAAAGUUACUUAGUAAACCGAAGACAAAUUUAGUGCAAUUUUGUUUCGAUUUCUGAAUAAAUUGAAAUUCUAUUGACGCGGA